AUGGAAUUUACCCUUCCCAUUGCUACUACAAAAUGUGUGAAGUUCAAUAUGAGAAGAUGCUUCGCCCCCAUCGUCUCGCCCGCUUCUCCACCUCCCCCAAAAAUGAUGGGAACGGACCCGAUUUCAAACCGGCCACCCGAGUCCAGCCUUGUUCCCAUCCUUGGCAGUCAUACUCUCUCUAAGGAUGCGGCCAUGGGAUUGGUAUUGAGUGCAGCCAACGAGAGGGGAUGGAUAACUGGAUCGGGCAUGGAAGGUCCGUCGGUUCCUGCUAUCUCAGUCAACGGAGCAGAUAUCUACCUUCCCCGUGGUCUCUGUUCAGCAAGUCUCCAAGGCGGCGUAUGCGCAUGGCAUUCACGUGCAACGCCUGUGGUCAACGCACCACUCGUGCAAUUAAUCCCCAUGCCUACACCGAUGGCACUGUCUUCCUACAGUGCUGUGGGUGCAAUAUAUUUCAUAAGUUGCAGUUUUUAG